AUGGCAAGUUAUUCUGUUGUUUCGCGAGCAGAUUCAUCUUCUACUACUGACAGGGCUGAGACAAAAGUUUUGAAACAAUUUUUCGAAAAUUUGGUUACAAAUUCAAAGAAUAACUGGUCAGCAUGUUGUCAAUUAUAUAAACAAACGAUUUCCGAUAAAAUUCAAACAACAUCUAAUUUCAACAGGCAUUUAAGACGAGCACAUGCUAGUGAAUAUACUCAAUGGCUAAACAGCAAAUAUGCGAAACCCAGUCAACCAAACAUAGAUGAUAUUUUUACGACGAAAAUCAAAUAUGAUGAUAGACAUGAACGUCAAAAAGCCAUCAGUAAUUCAAUAAUACAAGAUUUAAUUGGGGAUAUGCGUAUGCCCUUAAAUAUUGUAGAACGAACUGGUUUUAAGAAUUUCAUGAAUAAACUUGAUCCUAAAUAUUCUAUCAUUAGUCAUCGAAUAAUAACUCGUGAUAGAAUUCCAAAAAUGUAUGAUGCAAUGCUAAAAAAGUUAAAAGUCAUAUGCAAUAAUGUCUCUAUAACGUUGGAUUUGUGGUCUGAUAGACGUUUAAGAUCGUAUAUGGGCGUCACAUUGCACACAAUUAUUGAUAAACAAAAUAAAUCUUAUUUGUUAUCGUUUCUUCCACUUGCUGGUCGUCAUACAGGUGAAAAUUUAAUUAGUGAGUUUGAAAAAAUUCUUCAGUUUUAUUCUAUCCAGAAAACGUUGGUCAGAUUAGUCACAGAUAACGCAUCUAAUAUGAUAAAAGCAUUCGAUAAGCUGAUACUACCAGGUUUUGAAGAAUAUUUCAAAGAAGAAAAUGAAGAAGUUGAAUCUAAUCGAAAGUCUGGUUCGGAUAAAAUAAAUGAUGAUUUAAACGAAGUGAUAGAUGAAGCAUUAAUGACGAUUGAUUUUAAGCGAAUACCAUGUUUCGCUCAUACUCUACAACUUGUUGUUGACGAUGGCAUCAAAAAUUCAGCUGCAGUCAAAUCGUCAUUAACAAAAAUAGCCAAAAUUGCUAAAUUUUCACAUACCCGUACAGUUUUUGCUGAACGUCUUGAGAUAUUAAAAGCUACAAUACCAUCAAAUACAAAUAUUCGAUGGAAUAGUCAAUUUCAUACAAUAACAAAAGUUGUUCAAAUCGAUAUCGAUAAAUUGAAUAUUAUUUUAUAUGAAUUAAAUAAAUCUCAAUUAAUGUUAACACAACGAAAUAAAAUAAUAAUCGAUGAAUUUAUUUCGUUAUUCUAUUUAUUCAAUGAAGCAACCAUACAAACACAGGCUGAAAAUUCUCCAACGAUAAGUCUUGUUGGUCCUUGUCUAUUAAGUAUAUUAAAUGAUUUGGAACAUGAACAAGGAAAACUAAUCUACAACUAG